AUGGUGCGAAAACCAAAUCUUAGAAAGAGGGGAAACCCAGAUCCGAAAACUUUACGCAAUCGCCUACUCGUGGAAAUUAUAAAAGAAAAGUUAGAUACAAAACGUUUGAUUUCCAUUGAUGAAAAGUCCGAAGUUGCAAUAUCAUUUUUCGAAGAACUUAAAUUCAAGCACGACCAUCGAGUUCAAGCAGAGCAAACUCUUAGAGAUACGAUUGAAUACUUAUUAAAUUACCAUGAAAGGGAAGUAAGGCAAUAUGUAAAACAUUUGAAGAUCGAUAAUUUUCAGUUCCUUACCUCGCCAGCAUGUCAUCAAUACUGGAGUAAGCUUGCGACUAAAUCCUAUGCAGAGAAAGAGAAUCUUUAUCAACUUCAACAUAGGGUCAAUGCAGAAAAAAGAGUUAUGGAAUUUGAUACUAUCAUCGGGCAAAAGUGGGUAGAUGACCUUAACCAUGAAAUCAAGAGAAGACGCCGUGAAGUUAGUCCUCUGGAAAAAUAUUCAAAUUAUGAUGUCAAAAGCCUAGUAGAGAGUGAUGUAGGGGGAGAAAAUGACUAUGACGAAACUGACGAUGAAUAUGGCGAUGAAUUUUACAAGAGAAAUUUGAUAGAGGACAAUAUAGGAAGUGAAAGCGAAAGUGAUUACACGACCGAUGAUGAAUUCGACGAAAGUUAUUGUACAGCUGAAAUUAUAAAUAUUUCCAAUCGCGAUGAAGAUAAGCACAACGAAUUGAAGCAAUGGGCUCUUGAAAAUCCAGUUCCAGAUAUCACAGAUAAAGAAAAAUAUGCAAUUGAUGAUUUCGUAUUAGAUGUAUUUGAGCGCAAUGUGGAAAGCACUAUGAAGUCUAUUCAAGAGAAAAAAGUUGACUUAAUUCAAAAGGAUGCUGAAUUCAUAAAAAGAAUUUUGGAUGCUUGGUGA